ACACAACAGCUAAAAAUCCUCAGCUCUUUUUUUAUUCAUCUCAUAAUUCACUAUAAAACCAUACAUAUACUUACACCACUGCAAAUCAAACCAGAAGCACCCUUUUCUUAUUCAACCGUGUUUUUUUUGGGUUCCGUACAAUGUCGGGUUCUGGUGGUGUUUCGACCGCUAGAAGCAGAGGCGGUGAGAAUCGGUUUUAUAAUCCGCCGCCGAUGAGGAAACAACAAAAGCAACAGAUGCAGCAGCAACAGACGGCGAAGAAGAUGCAGCGCCGGGAAGAAAGACCGUCGAUUUCCAGGACUUCGACGGAGAAGAGAACGGAUCGUGAGGAAUGCGCUAUGGCAUCUGCGUCGUCAUCGUCGUUGAACAAUAGUGAUAAUAAUGAUAAGGAUCAAAAAAGGAAUGAUGAAAAUUCCACGAAUUUGGAUCGGUUCUUGGAGUUUACGACUCCUGUGGUUCCGGUUCAAUAUUUCCCCAAGACAAGCAGCAUUAGAGGAUGGAGAGGUAAAGAACAAGAGCUCGGACUGCAGUCUCCGCCAUAUUUUAUGCUCGAGGAUUUGUGGGAGUCUUUGAAGGAAUGGAGUGCAUAUGGCGCUGGUGUUCCUCUUUUGUUGAAUGGGAGUGACUCUGUAAUGCAAUACUAUGUGCCUUACUUGUCUGGUAUGCAGCUGUAUAUAGAUCCAUCUAGACCCUCCACGAGGCUGAGGAGGCUUGGUGAGGAGAGUGAUGCUGAGUCAUCAAGGGAGACAAGCAGUGAUGGUAGCAACAGCGAUUGUGGAAUGGGAAGAAGAGCUAACAAUGUUGUCCAGGGGGCUCGGAGCCAGCUGAAGGUUGCAGAUUCAUAUAUCGAGAGACUGACGAGACUGUCGCUUAGGAAUAGAUCCUUUGGGGGUUCUUCGGGUGAUGAAAGUGAUAGUUGUAACCCUCCUAAUCAGCAGCUUAUUUUUGAAUAUUUAGAACAUGAUCAACCAUUUAGUCGUGAGCCAUUGGCAGGCAAGAUUGCAGUUCUUGCAUCUCAAUUUCCAUCAUUAAAAACAUACAGGAGCUGUGAUCUCUCACCUUCAAGUUGGAUUUCUGUGGCAUGGUAUCCCAUAUAUAGAAUACCGAUGGGACCAACUCUGCAAAAUCUGGAUGCCUGCUUUUUAACCUAUCACUCACUGUCUACACCUUCACCAGGUACCAGCAUCAGUAUGGAAGGGUUCCCCUUCCGGGGCUUUAAUGCAAGGGAGUUUCAUGUUGCUAACAUGCCCUUGAAGAUACCAUUACCUACAUUUGGACUGGCUUUCUAUAAGUUUGAAGUUUCAUUUUGGAAUCCUGAUGAAGUUAAUGAAUCUCAGAAAGCUAAUUCCCUUUUACGAGCUGCUGAUAGCUGGCUCCGGCUUUUGCAAGUGAAUCAUCCUGAUUUCAGGUUUUUCAUUUCCCACAAUACAUACUGGAGGUGAGCAACUUGAUACUUUACAACAGUUUUUCACUUAACUCGGAAGAGAAUAGCCGUUCCCUAGCAGGUAACACUUCCAAACUGCCCCAUUGAUGGUUGUGCUUAUGAUGCUCUAUCAUGAAUUGAUUAUGGUAAAAAAAAAAGUUAAGAGACUCUGAUGCUCUAUCGAAUAUGGUCAAAAAAUUUGAGACUGAUGCUCUAUCGUACCUCAAAUAUGGUAAAAAAAAAGUAAUGGCGAUAUGAUACUUCGUUUCAUCUAAUGAGUUUCUAGUGAUACUCAUGGCUUUGAAGUGAUAGAUGUCAAUGACUACACCUACAACAUCUUAAUAACUUAGGUUUGAUUUUGAUGAUGUUGAAGAAGAAAAUAUGUGAUAUUUGUAUAUACAUUUUGUCAUUCUGAGUUCCAAAAUGUGUAACAGACUACUUGUACUAACAUUUUUAUAGAUAAGACAUGAAAUUUUAAU